UGCGCGCCGCCGGUCCUCCGCCUCCCCACAGGCCUUUGCGCUCCAGCGGCAAAGAUGGCGGCGCUGAGCGGCGGCGUUGCGCCGUGGUGCCGGGGCUGGCUGCCCGCCCUGCAGUUCGUCCGCCGCGGCUCCAAGGCGGUCACCCGGCACUGGAAGGCCAUGCACUUCCAGCGCCAGAAGCUGAUGGCCGUGACCGAGUACCUGGCCCCGCGGCCGUCCGUCCCACCGCGGUGCCUGGCCCCCAGGAAGGAGACGGUCGAGGAGGACAACGGUUACGUCCAGCUGUUGCGGCGGCAGGUGGAAGAGGUGUUCCGGGACAAUCGGAUGAUUGCCGUCUGUCAGUUCAACUCCAUGCCUGGUGAGGACGUGGUGCUGAUGAGGCACUACCUCCGGAAGCACAACAUCGAGGUCAAGUUCGUCCUGAAUGAGAUUAUCCGACCCGUGCUGUCCCAGUCCAAGUACAAGAAUCUCCUCCCUCUCUUCGUGGCACGCAAUAUCCUGCUGGUGAGCCGGGAAACGAAGGUGAAGGAGAUGCUGCGGGUGCUGAAGGGAGUGCCGCAGAUCAACCUCCUGGGCGCCUGCAUCGAUGACACCAUCCUGAGCAGGCAGGGAGUGGAGAACUUUGCCAAGCUGCCCUCGCUGGAGGCCACCCAGGGCCAGACGGUGGGUGCUCUGGCCCUCCUGCCCUCCCAGACAUCCUCCCUGCUCCAGCGCGGCUCUGCACACCUCACGGCUCUCCUGGAUCAGCACAUCAGCCGGCUGCAGGCUGCGGAGACAGGGAGCCCGGCCGAGCCUGCCCCUGCCCAGAGCUCGGAGGCUCACUGACGCUGAUCCCCGUGUCAGCUCUUCGUUGGCUGUGGUCGGGGAGGGAGGUUUGGUCACGGGUGGGACUGAGGGUGCUGCAGCAUCACUGACCCAUUUGGGGAGCCCCGGCCCUUCCCUUUGCUCCGAUGGCACCUGGGAACAUCCUGGCUGCGGUUGGAGGGUUGCUGGGAUCGGCCGGAGGGGGCAGACCAUGGUGGGGAGCUGUGGUGGUGCCGGUGGGGAGGAUGUUGGGCACCCUGAGACCCCCACGCCCUCUGGAACGGGGGCAGCGAGGGGGAGCGUGCUGUGACGCUGACGGAGCCACAUCUGCGGAAUCGCUGUCCUGCCCAUUAAAGCGAGCUGUGUGGUGGUGGAGA